CGAAGGACGACUCAUUUCAGGCAUAUAAAACUGACUGUUUGAGAAUCAGCCAAUCAGAAGUGUCACUGCGCUCUGCGGCUCGCGGAAGCAGACAGCUUUAGUUUCAGUUUCGAGACACUUGGAAGAGAUCGCUGACGUUGAAAGACUGUCCAAUGUUAUUUCAUAAAUAAUAUAAGAAAGUUUUGCUGUACUUAUUUAACAGUUCCUAGUAUUGUGUGCGUGCAACUACCAGUAAGUACACUGAAGUUUGUUGUUAUUUUUACCUCACUUUUUACCUCAAUAAUGUCGCGGCAUGUUGCUGCUCAUUGUCAUACAGUAUAAUGGCGGAGCUUCGCACUGCUCUUGUGUUUAAUUGUUGAGAAUGAUGUUUAUUACUGGAAGUGUUGCUAUGCAAACUUUAUGUGCCUUAAUUUGAAUAAUUUAUUUUCUUACACGAUGUGUAACGUUGUUUAAUUUAAUGAGUAACUCUGCAGUCCAUAAUUAUUAUAUGUUCAGCUGAAUUUGGCAUAUUAUAUAGUGUGGUAAUUAAUGUGCAGCAAAGUAAGUAAUCUUUGAAUAGAGAUAUCGUGUACUACUGCAUUCAAGACAUACAUACCAAAACUAUAAUUUAAUUUUGAUUGUGUUUGUUUUAUUAUAUACCUGUUAGGCAUGUAAUAAUUCUUUGUUAUUUAUAUAGAGUUUACAUUUUUACUGAUUUAUGUCUGUAUCUUUAUUUCAGAACCACACACAUAUACUUUCAAUCUUUAUUUCAAUAAAACACCUAAACGGAACAUCUCGUCUGCAUUCUAAUCGAUGCCCCCUGGUGGUCACAACCUUCCAAAAACCAGUCAAAUUAUACAGUCCUUAACAAUCACCAAAACAAUUGGUCCUUCGAGCCGGAGUACGUGUGAUCACCGUGGGAUUGUUAAGAGAUGUUCUCGGAUCAGUAUACACGCACAGAAGAUGCUCGACCCCGCCGAGAGACCCGGCGACCAGCCUGGAUGGAAGACUAUGACAUCCCCCCACAAGCAUUACAGCAGCCCUCUCGUUUACCUCAACAAUCGGUUAGCCUGUCAGAGCAACAGCGGCCUUACGACAGUAUGGUUAGAUUCCCAGAGAGACACGCCAGGAUGACGCCUCUCACACCACCACUGCUGCAUGAGGAUGGGAGUGUCAUUCGGGGAGCGGAAGCCGUCUAUCCACGUCAGUUUGAGUAUACAGAACCCCUCUUCCAGAGUACGCCCGCCUCGGCCCGAUUGAGGCCUGCCCCAGAAACAACGCCUGAGGUCCUUGAAGCUCUUUAUAAGCUGCAGGAAGAUAAUCUAAGGCUGCAGCAACAGGUAAUGGACAUGCACAGGCGACUUGAAGCCCGCACAUCCCUUUCUUCUUUACCUACAACAGCCCCCCCUCAACAGCAGUAUAACAUAGAGCAGGAUGGCGGUGCGUACCAAACCAAGCCAAUCACGCCACUUGUGCAAGUUAGUGGUCACACUCUGCCUACGAAUGAUGAUGACUGGCCACCGCCACCGCCACCACCCCCAGUAGCAGACGUUUAUCAGCCACCAUCACAGGACCUUAUGGCAGAGCUCAUAACAGCACUGAGAGACAUUAGGAUUACACAACAGAAGGAGUCUCCCAGACAUCCUGAGCCCCAUCAUUCAGUACCCGGGGUACAGACGCCAGAGUAUUGUGUACCCUACACCCCACAAAGAUGCGAGUCGCUGCACGAAGAGCUGCAACCCUCUCACUACCAUGAGACAGUGUACCGCGGGCCUAAACCCACAAUACCUACAUUCACCAAAGGGGAUCCGAGAGAGUUUGCCAGACUUAAGGUUGCUCUGGAGAACUUACUGCCUGUUGAUGCUACAGAGCGUUUUAAAUACCAGAUCCUGGUGGAUCAUCUGAAGUAUGAGGAGGCACUUCUAAUAGCAGACUCAUAUACAAACUCACUGCAGCCCUACACUGACACUAUGACAAGCCUAAUUGAGCAUUAUGGACAGCCUCACCAGCUAGCUCUCAGGAAAAUAGCUGAUUUAAUGGAGGCACCCAAUAUUGCACGGGGUGACUCCAGUGAGUUUAAGCGAUUCGCUUUGAAAGUGAGAGCACUCGUGGCGAUGUUAGACCAGCUUGGGGACACUGGAAAGACUGAGCUUUACUGUGGUUCACAUGUUACACGGCUGAUGUCUAAACUGCCACAUGAUAUACGGGCCGAAUUUAAAAGAUUCCUGUACCCAAUGCGUGUUACAAUCCCAAGCCUAUUGCACUUUUCUGACUGGCUUGACUACGAGCUGAAGAUGCAGGAGACAGUGUAUGAGCCUCUAACCAGUGAAAACAAGAGCAGAGCAGGACCCAGAACAGAGCGCCGCCGUGACACUAGGAGUGGUAAGAAUACCAACAUCAUGCAUACCACAGACCAACCCGAGGGCACACUGGCAGUAGUAAAGGCCUUAUCAAGCACCAAGCAGCCAGAGAGGACAGCAUACUGCCCUUACUGCUCGAACACGCAACACUUCCUAGAUAAGUGUGCAAACUUUGCACAGCUUACAGUGGAACAGAUAACAGCGUGGAUUAAGAGCAACAAGAGGUGCUGGCGAUGCGGUCGCACACACCAGGCUGCACAGUGCCGCUUGAAAAUGACAUGUCACAAGUGUAAGGGGAGACACCUGCAAGCUUUGCAUGAAGUGAAUAUAAAACCUGCAGCUGAGGAUACAUCCUGCCUUAUCAGCACAACUAAUGAAGUUCCGUAUGUGGACAGGCGGGCUGGAUGCAGCCAAGUGCUACUGAAAGUGAGUAAAGUGCUGCUGCGCAAUGGUGAACACACCUUGGAGACAUAUGCCAUCCUUGAUGAUGGAUCGGAGCGGACCAUUCUCCUCCCUGCAGCAGCGCAGAGCCUUAAGCUUACUGGUGAACCAGAAAAUCUGAUCCUCAGAACUGUUCGGCAAGAUAUCAGGGUUCUGCACGGCACUGCAGUGUCGUUCUCCAUCUCCCCAGUAGAUCAUCCAAAGAAGUCCUACAAGAUACACAGAGCAUUCACUGCUGAUCAACUGGGUCUGGCUGAACACACUUACUCAAUGAAGGCACUUCAGAGGAAGCACAAACAUUUAAGAGGUCUCCCUCUCCAGACGAUUAACAGAGUGCAACCCCUGUUGUUAAUUGGGUCAGAUUAUACCCACUUAAUCACUCCAGUGGAGCCGGUGCGUGUGGGAACCCACGGGGGACCAGCCGCAGUGAAGACAAAGUUGGGCUGGACACUUCAGGGGCCGAUCAGGAGUGAAAAGCUUGUCACACGCUCCAGGCAGGAUCAGGAAGCAGUCCGCCUGCUGGAGGCAAAGACCACAAGGGUAGAUGUUGAUGGAAUUCAGCGCUACGCUACUCCCCUCCUCAGGGUGAAGAACAUGCCACUGCUUCAGGCACCUAAGGAGGCUGUGCUAGCUAAUCUCCGCAGUACAGAGAGGCGUCUGCGGCGAGACCCUCAAAGAGCAGCAGCAUACUGUGCAGAGAUCGGAAAGCUGGAAAAUGCAGGCUAUGCAGUUAAAGUGUCAGAAGAUGAGCUGAGCAAAUCAGCUGAGUCGUGGUUCAUCCCACAUCACAUGGUGAGCCAUAACGGAAAGAACAGGAUUGUGUUCAACUGUUCCUUCAAGUAUAAGGAAAACAACCUCAAUGAGCUGCUGUUGCCUGGGCCCACCUUAAGUUCCAGUCUACUGGGUGUACUGCUGCGCUUCAGAGAGCAUGCGAUUGCUAUCAGCAGUGAUAUUAAGGGCAUGUUUCAUCAGGUGAGGCUGCUCCCCGAAGAUAAGCCCUUGCUUCGCUUCCUGUGGCGAGACCUGAAAACAGAGGAACCACCCAGCAUCUACACAUGGCAAGUCCUUCCGUUUGGCACCACAUGUAGCCCCUGCUGUGCAACUUAUGCGCUGCAGAAACAUGUGUUUGACCAUAGUCAGCCAGGUGAAGAUGUUCGAGUGUCAAUAGAACGAUCCUUUUAUGUGGAUAACUGUCUGCAAAGCCUCCCAUCUGUUGAAGAAGCCCGUCACCUGGUCGACAAACUGACCUCACUGCUGGCUACAGGUGGAUUUGAAUUACGCCAGUGGGCCAGUAACACCCCUGAGGUCAUCAGCCAUCUGCCCAAAGAAGCAAGAUCUGAGAGCAGUGAGUUGUGGCUCAACGAGUCAGGUACUGACCCACAGGAGCUGGCCCUGGGACUCCGCUGGCUCUGCAAUUCAGACACUUUAAGGUAUAAAUACCAUAUGCUGGACCAACCCACACCCACCAUGCGAAACAUAUACAGAGUUCUGGCACGCCUGUUCGACCCUCUGGGAUUUAUAGUCCCUUUCACUACAAGGGCCAAGGUCUUGGUGCAGCACUUGUGGGACAAACAGAGAGACUGGGAUGACCCUUCACUGCCUGAAGAUGUGCUGGAGCCAUGGAUAAUGUGGGAGAAAGAAUUGCAGUAUCUUUCUCAGAUUCUACUGCCUCGCUGCUAUGUGAGCCCUGAGAUGAACACUUCAAACCUCCAGAGAGAUUUACACAUCUUUGCUGAUGCGUCAGAGAAGGCAUACGGCUCAGUGGCCUAUCUGCGCACGGAGAGUUCACAGGGCUGUGUGGAAGUGUCAUUCCUGCAUGCUAGAUCCAGAGUGGGCCCGAAGAAGCAGCAAUCAAUACCAAGACUAGAACUGUGUGCUGCCCUGACAGCUGCACAGCUAGCUGCACUACUUCAAAGAGAGCUGACUGUGAACAUUCGCAAUGUUAUAUGUUGGACCGACUCCACAACAGUACUUACAUGGCUUCAGUCGGACUCCUGUCGGUACAAAGUAUUCGUGGGAACAAGAAUAGCUGAAAUCCAGGAGCUGACUGAUGUCCGGGCCUGGAGAUAUGUGGAUUCUGCCAACAACCCAGCUGAUGACAUAACGCGGGGAAAAACAUUGCUGGAACUGGCUGGUAAGAACAGAUGGAGUCAGGGCCCUGCCUUCUUACAACAGUCGCCUGAAUUCUGGCCUACACAGCCAGCCACAGAGAUGACUGAGAAUCCUGCUGAGCUGCGAAAACCUACUAUCUGCUGUCUCACUACAAGUAUACAGACAUCUCUGCUAUCAAAUGCUAAUCAGUUUUCCUCAUUCAGAGCACUGAUAGAAGCGGUUGCACAAUCUAGCCCUGUGUCAUCAGUGAGCCCAGUCAGUCUUUCUGCUGAUGACUACCGAGAAGCAGAGAGAGAAGUAUUGAGACGAGCCCAACAGGACAGCUUUGCUGAGGAGCUCAGUCUUUUGAGUACCGGUAAGCCAGUAGCUGCCACCAGUAGGCUGAUUUCCCUAGCACCAGAGUAUGACAAGACUGUGAGACUCAUCCGGGUUGGAGGAAGGCUCCGCCGCAGCGACCAGUUAGAACCAGAUUCUAUUCACCCAGUGGUCCUGGACCAUCAGCAUAAAGUGACCCAGCUCAUCAUUCAGGACAUGGACAAGAGCCUUCACCAUCCAGGAUCAGAGCGCCUUUUUGCAGAGCUGCGUCGAAAAUACUGGAUUCUGCAUGGCCGUGAAGCUGUAAAGCGCCAUCAGCACUCCUGUCCGGACUGCCAGAGAUGGAGUGCUUCUCCAGUAGUGCCCAAGAUGGCAGACCUCCCACAGUCUAGAUUACAGCUGCUGAAGCCCCCGUUCUUCUCUACGGGCAUGGACUGCUUCGGGCCUUUCACAGUGAAAGUUGGCCGUCGCCAUGAGAAGAGAUGGGGCAUACUAUUUAAAUGCAUGACGACGCGUGCUGUGCAUGUGGAUGUUUUGUCCAGUAUGGACUCGGAUUCCUUUUUGAUGGCCCUCCGCCGUUUUAUAGCACGAAGGGGUAAACCAGCAGAGCUCUGGUCCGACCAGGGCACUAAUUUUAAGGGAGGUGAAAGAGAACUCCAGGAGGCCUUCAGGUCAUUACACUCCACACUCCAAACUCAACUGGCUAAACACCAGAUCCGGUUUCAGUUUAACCCCCCAAGCGCACCACACUUUGGAGGAGUCUGGGAAAGGGAAGUGAGGUCUGUUAAAGCUGCACUGUAUGCCACCAUCCAAUCACAGACUGUCCCUGAAGAGGUCCUGCGGACGGUACUUAUUGAAGUAGAAGGGAUCUUAAAUUCUAAGCCACUGGGAUACGUUUCAACAGAUGUGGCUGAUGCUGACCCAGUAACCCCCAACUUGCUCCUCAUGGGGCGGCUAGACCCCUCUUUACCACAGGCUGUGUAUGCUGAGUCUGAGCUCUUGAGUCGCCGCCGUUGGAGACAUACUCAGGUGCUGGCUGACCAGUUUUGGUCCCACUUUAUACGACACUACCUCCCGACUCUUCAGGCUCGCUCUAAGUGGCACAAGGAACCCAGCUCAGCUGAAAACUGGAACCAUAGUGAUGGUGGUGGACCCACAGCUGCCCAGGGCACAGUGGCCUUUAGGUCAUGUCACUGAGGUUAUUCCAGGAACUGAUGGGAGAGUCAGGACUGCAGUAGUCAAAGUCAAGGACAAAAUCUACACGAGGCCCGUCGCUCGCCUUGUAGCUCUGCCUGCCAUACCAGACACUGAUACGGUCAGUCCUUCUUAGAUUGGCAAAUAUAGUGUAACAAAUUUGGGGGCGGCUGUGACGAAGGACGACUCAUUUCAGGCAUAUAAAACUGACUGUUUGAGAAUCAGCCAAUCAGAAGUGUCACUGCGCUCUGCGGCUCGCGGAAGCAGACAGCUUUAGUUUCAGUUUCGAGACACUUGGAAGAGAUCGCUGACGUUGAAAGACUGUCCAAUGUUAUUUCAUAAAUAAUAUAAGAAAGUUUUGCUGUACUUAUUUAACAGUUCCUAGUAUUGUGUGCGUGCAACUACCAGUAAGUACACUGAAGUUUGUUGUUAUUUUUACCUCACUUUUUACCUCAAUAAUGUCGCGGCAUGUUGCUGCUCAUUGUCAUACAGUAUAAUGGCGGAGCUUCGCACUGCUCUUGUGUUUAAUUGUUGAGAAUGAUGUUUAUUACUGGAAGUGUUGCUAUGCAAACUUUAUGUGCCUUAAUUUGAAUAAUUUAUUUUCUUACACGAUGUGUAACGUUGUUUAAUUUAAUGAGUAACUCUGCAGUCCAUAAUUAUUAUAUGUUCAGCUGAAUUUGGCAUAUUAUAUAGUGUGGUAAUUAAUGUGCAGCAAAGUAAGUAAUCUUUGAAUAGAGAUAUCGUGUACUACUGCAUUCAAGACAUACAUACCAAAACUAUAAUUUAAUUUUGAUUGUGUUUGUUUAUUAUAUACCUGUUAGGCAUGUAAUAAUUCUUUGUUAUUUAUAUAGAGUUUACAUUUUUACUGAUUUAUGUCUGUAUCUUUAUUUCAGAACCACACACAUAUACUUUCAAUCUUUAUUUCAAUAAAACACCUAAACGGAA